AUGGAAGCUAUGAUUAGGGGAAGAAAUAUUACCAAGAUCACUCAGUUUAUCCUCCUGGAAUUCUCAAACUUCCCAAGAAUCACAGUAAUGCUUUUUGUCUUAUUCUUGAUUAUUUAUAUUAUGACUCUGAUCUGGAACCUGUCCCUCAUUGCUUUAAUAAGGAUGGUUUCCCACCUCCACACACCCAUGUAUUUCUUCCUCAGUAAUCUGUCCUCUAUAGACCUCUGCUUUGUCACUUCCACAGCCCCCAAGAUACUUUCCAACUUCUUCCAGGAAAAACAAACUAUCAGCCUUGUGGGUUGCAUAGUUCAAUACUUCAUCUUUUCCACUAUGGGGCUGAGUGAAUCUUGCCUCAUGACAGCCAUGGCCUAUGACAGGUAUGCUGCCAUUUGUAACCCACUGCUCUAUUCAUCAGUCAUGUCACCCACCCUCUGUGCUCACAUGGUGUUGGGAAGCUAUACAGCAAAACUCAUAGGUUCCUUAUCUCAGAUAUGUGCCUUGCUGCAGCUCCACUUCUGUGGACCUAAUGUCAUCAGACAUUUCUUCUGUGACAUGCCUCAGCUGUUAAAUCUAUCCUGCAGUGAUGCUUUCUCUGUUCAGGUCCUGCUAGCUAUAUUAACAAUGUUUUUUGGAAUAGUCAGUUCGUUAGCUAUCAUGAUAUCCUAUGGCUUUAUUGUGUUGUCAAUCAUGAAGAUCACUUCAACUAAAGGCAGGUCUAAGGCAUUUAACACCUGUGCUUCUCACCUGACAGCUGUUUCCCUCUUCUAUAUUUCUGGUAUCAUUGUCUAUUUGAGUUCCAGCUCUGGUGGCUCCUCCAGCUUUGACAGGUUUACAUUUGUCUUCUACACUGUGGUGAUUCCCAUGUUGAAUCCUUUGGUAUAUAGUCUGAGGAACAAGGAAAUCAAAGAUGCCAUGAAGAGGUUGCAGAAAAAGACAAUCUGCAGCCAAGAUCAUAGAUAA